AUGGGACUUAGAUAUCAAAUUCGUGCUAUAAGUGAGGCUAUUGUGGAUUCCUUAACACCCAUGAAAGAAGAUGAAGAACAAUCACCUCAGAAUUGGAAGAUUAAAAUGUUAUAUGAUGGGGACAGCCUGCUUUGCAUGCGUGAGGUCAACAUGCUUAGAGAGAGGAAUAAGCACUAUGUUACAAUCAAAUUUGCUGACAUAAGUUCUGAUGAAUACUCUCCAGAGGAGAAUCAAGGCUUAGACUACAAACCUGUAAUGGGAAGGAUUCAUGUCAUCCUCUCUGAUGGAACUGUAGUCACUGAUGUUGAAGUAUCAAGUACGCCCCAUUUCCAAUCCUUUUCAUUCUUCUUAUAA